AUGGCCCCCAAAAAGAAGCACCCGGGCAAACCGGAAGGGAUUCAUUUCGUCAACGCCAGACCAUCGUCCGAGACAGAACGUGUCAGAGCCCAGCGCAUGGUACGCGCACACGUUGGUCGCUGGAUCUCCGAUCAGACCAAAGACCGCGACCUGCCAAACCCCUCGAAUCCCAUCUAUAGCAGCUCCAGCUCCAGCUCCAGCGUCAGCGCCAGCUUCAGACCCAGUGCUCACAACCCUCCCCCCUCCAGGACUCUUAUCUCACGAUCACGCAGCACCGACCAUCCCGCGCAGUCUCUAACACUGAGACAAUGGCCGACAUUUCCACAGCCCCACCCCAGCGAUUAUAGCGAUAGCAGCGACGACGGCGCUUCGCCGCCGCAGUUCAACGAUCCCUCGGCUGUCAUGCCGUGGCAAAGGAAACCCCACAUCGAGCGCGAGGUGAAUCGCAUACUAGAUCCGUUCGACACCUUGCCCUCGCGCUUUCCGAGGGAGAUAAUUGAUAGCUGUGAAAAUUAUUUACUGAAGGUGCUCUGGCCAAGCCUUCUACCCAUAGGGCCGCGCAGUCGACAGGGACCUGGGGAGUCCUGGUUUCCACUUUCACUCACCGACCCGGCCCUCUUCAACGCUUUCUUGUAUGCGUCUAUGUGUCACCAACGAGCGCAGUGGCUGAAUGGCUGGAUUCCACACGCUGACUACGGCCCCUCACAAGCCAAGUUCCUCGCAUUAAUUGAGAUGGAAUCAAUCCAACUGAUCAGCCAAGCAGUCCGCGACCCCUCGCGCGCAGUUAGCGAUGCUGUGCUAUUGAGUGUUAUCUGCAUGAUGCAUCACCAGGCCCCCGACUCGACGAGAACCACACGAUAUAAGAAAACACCUUUCAAUGCGCCUCAUCAACGACUGCAGUGGAUGGAUGUCUAUGGCUGCCUCCCACCCAAUAUGAUCCAUGCCACUGGCCUGAAACAGUUGGUCAAAAUGCGGGGAGGAUUGAAGAAUAUCAAAUCGGGCGGGUUGGCACAGAUCAUCAGCUUCUCGGAGGUAUUUUCAGCUGCUCUCUUAGGCGCGCAGCCGAUCUUCGAUUUCUGGCCGCUCGAUGAAUCGCGCCUCGGUCUGUCCGUACAGGAGUUGCUUGGGUUCACCCCCGAAGAAACGCAAUGCAACUUUGGCCGUUUCCACCACAUCGGCUUCACGCCCCAGUUAUCAGAAGCACUUCAGGCCCUCACUACCUAUACUAUAAGAUUGCAAGCUAGCCUUGCAGGAGCCACGGACGUCGCCCUUCUCGCCGACCAGCGUAACAUGACCAUCUAUACCCUCAUGUCGGUCCCUUCUGCGGCAGACAUAUCCACAACUUUCCGUUCCCCCGCGCAAGAAGCCACCUACGAAAUGUGCCGUCUCACGGCACAGAUCUACGGAGUCGGCGUCGUCUUCCCCCUUCCCGCGCAGAACACCCCCCUCCCUCUCCUGGCAAAACAUAUCCGAGCCAUCCUCUGCCACCCCACUUCCUCUCCUCUCUGGUCCUCUCCGGAUUUCCGGAUCCCCAUGCUUUGGACAAUUACUCUGGCCGGCAUCGCCGCCUUCGGUGCCCUGGAACGUCCAUUCUUCGUCUCCGCUCUGAGCCAUACAUCCCGCCAUUACGGCAUCCGUUCCUGGGCAGAGCUCAAGCGCAUUCUCCAGAUCGUCCUGUGGUACGAUCUUGCCUGUGACCAAGCGGGCGAGGCGCUGUGGGACGAAGCGAUGAAUUUUCAUCCUACAAUG